AUCAUAUUACAUCAUAUGAAAUUGAUAUGGAACUCGAGGAUCUAGGUUCUAAAAUAUCAACAUAAAACAUGCACGGAAAUACGGAUAUGUGAGGUUUCCUUUUUGCUUCUGUUUCUAUGCUUCCGUUAUUGCUCUGAAGGAACUGAAGAUUUUUUCCAUAAAAAAUGUAUUUAGAAGAAAAUAUAACACCAGAUGAAAAAGCUGCUAUUGAAGAACUGAAAAGACGAAUGGAAAAUGAGAUAACUCCUAAAAUGCGGAAAGAUAAAUCACUUUAUUAUCGAUUUUUAAAAGCACGUGACUUUAAUAUUAAAAAUGCAGAAGACAUGUUAAGAAAGCACAUCGCUUGGAGAAAAGAAUAUCAAGUGGACACGAUUUUGACGGAUUAUAAACCACCAGAAGUACUGUUGAAAUAUUUUCCUGUCAGUUUGAUUGGCUGUGACAAAGAGGGAUCUCCUUUACUUUAUCAUGACAUGGCCGGUGAUGAAAUAGGUAUUUUAAGUUCAGCAAAGAAAAUAGACUUAAUAAAAUACAGUAUUUACCUAUAUGAAAAUCUUUUGGAGUUAAUGGACGAACAAAGUAAAAAGCUUGGCAAAAUAAUAAUGACUUCAGUGAAUAUUUACAAUUGUGAAAAUCUUACAUUCGCCAAAGUAACUAACAAAAAGUCCCUAGAAAUGUUUAUGUUGGGAAUUAAUGUGUUCCAAGACAAUUAUCCUGAACGAAUAAAACUCAUAAUUGAUAUUAACACUUCAAGAUAUUUCCCUAUCUUGUUUAAUUUCACCAAAUUAGUAAUUGCUCCUGCGGUCUUCAAAAAAAUUAAAAUUUUUGGCAGAGAAGGCUGGCAAGAAGUUCUUCUAGAUAUUGUUAAUGCUGAUGAGCUACCAGCAUUUCUUGGUGGUAAAAAGACUGAUCCAGAUGGAAAUCCUCUUUGCCACAGUUUUGUAGUGCACCCACAGGAGGUGCCGAAACAUUACUAUUUGAAAAAAUCAGAGAAGAAAUUCUCGAAAUCUGCAGAAGCCGAGAAACUGAUUCUCUAUCCUUUUUCAAAAGAAAAGCUUACUUUUGAAAUAAAGAAUGCACAUUCAUUUUUAGAAUGGGAGUUUGAAACAAAAAACAGAGAUAUUGGAUUUGGCCUAUGUUUCAAAGAAAACUCUGAAAGUGAGCCAGUGGAAUUAGUACCAAAUCAAAGAAUAGACACCUACUAUGAGUCGGAAACAAGAAUGUAUAAAUGUGAAAAACCGGGUAUUUAUGUGAUUAGUUUUGACAAUUCAUACAGCUGGUUAUAUCCUAAGGAAAUAUAUUACAAGAUUCGAGUUCUUCCUCCUGGCGAAUUGGAAAAAGAAUGUAAUUAGAUUUUUGAAACAAGCUUCUACAGCAUUUCUGUGUAUAUACACAUCGGAAUCCUUAUUCUAUUAUAUGGAAUAUAUUUAUUAUGCAAUGUAUAUUUUGUAAGAGUUUUUAAAAGAAAUACUGAAAAUGAUUCAAAAUUAUUUUUCUGGUGUAAAAAAAUUGAUUUCUUAAUAAAAGCCGUUGUU